AUGUCCGAGGAGCUGGCGCGGGGCCCCAAGGAGAGCCCCCCGGUGCCCCGGGCGGGUCCCCCCGAGGGGUGGAAGAAGGGCGGCCGCCUGCUGUCCGUGCUGCUGGCGGUGAACGUGCUGCUCCUCGCCUGCACGCUCGUCAGCGGCGGCGCCUUCAACAAGGUGGCGGUGUACGACACCGACGUGUUCGCGCUGCUCACCGCCAUGAUGCUGCUCGCCGCCCUCUGGAUCCUUUUCUACCUCCUGCGCACUGCGCGCUGCCCCGACGCCGUCCCCUACCGGGACGCGCACGCCGGCCCCAUCUGGCUCCGAGGUGGGCUGGUGCUGUUUGGGAUCUGCACUCUUGUCAUGGAUGUCUUCAAGACCGGUUACUAUUCCAGCUUCUUUGAGUGCCAAUCAGCCAUCAAGAUCCUGCACCCCCUCAUCCAAGCGGUGUUUGUCAUUGUCCAGACUUACUUUCUCUGGGUCUCCGCUAAAGACUGUAUUCACGUCCACCUGGAUCUGACCCGGUGUGGUCUCAUGUUCACACUUACCACCAACCUGGCCAUCUGGAUGGCGGCUGUAGUGGAUGAAUCCGUGCACCAUGCCCACUCCUACACCAGUUUUCACAGCAACGGCAGCUACACCCGCCUCGCCCCUGACCCGGAGCGUGCAGGCAGCCUGGUUGGAGGAGACCCCUGCCCCUGCAACACAGCUAUCUGCCAGAUCUUCCAGCAGGGCUAUUUCUACCUGUACCCCUUCAACAUCGAGUACAGUCUCUUUGCUUCCACCAUGCUCUACGUUAUGUGGAAGAACGUGGGCAGGCUGCUGGCCUCUACCCACAGCCACGGCCACACCCCAGCCCAGGUCAGCCUCUUCCGGGAGACCUAUUUUGCUGGCCCGGUCCUGGGCUUGAUGCUCUUUGUGGUGGGACUGGCUGUCUUCAUCAUCUACGAGGUCCAAGUGAGUGGAGAGGGGGGCUGCACCCAGCAGGCCCUGGUCAUCUACUACAGCUUCAACAUCGUCUGUCUGGGGCUUAUGACCUUGGUCAGCCUGAGCGGCUCAGUCAUCUACCGUUUUGACCGCCGAGCCAUGGACCACCAUAAGAACCCCACGCGCACCCUGGAUGUGGCCCUGCUGAUGGGUGCCGCCCUGGGCCAGUAUGCCAUCUCCUACUAUUCCAUCGUGGCCGUGGUGGUGGGCACACCAAGGGACCUGAUGGGGGGGCUCAACCUAGCCCAUGCUCUGCUCAUGAUUGCCCAGCAUACCUUCCAGAAUGUGUUCAUCAUUGAGAGCCUGCACCGGGGACCACCUGGGGCCGAGAUACAUGAAACCCCCACAAUGGAGCCCUGCCAAGGCCUCACCUUUGCCAACAUGGAUGCCCUCCACACCUUGCCUGCCUGCCCACCCACCCCCAGGCUGGUUAGCCCCAGCCCAGCAGGCCCUCCGGAAACAGUGGCCAUCCUCUUGGCCCCCAGGGGCCACUGGAGACGUCGGUGCCUAAAAGACAUUUCUCUCUUUCUGCUGCUCUGCAAUGUCAUCCUGUGGAUCAUACCUGCCUUCGGGGCUCGCCCUCACUUCAGCAACGCCGUGGAGGUGGACUUCUACGGCUACUCCCUCUGGGCAGCCAUUGUCAACAUCUGCCUGCCUUUCGGCAUCUUCUACCGCAUGCACGCGGUCUCCAGCCUGCUGGAGGUCUAUGUGCUGUCCUGA